CUAUCCGGACGAACAGGAUGUAGGUGGGGACUUCCCUGUGGUUGGUGCCCCUGCCUCCAGCCCAGGCAGGUAUAAGCCACCUCACCAGACCAAGGGAACCUAGGUGGAAAGAGAGAGGCCACCAUGUCCUUUUGGAGCCCAGAGCAAAACCAGAGCCCAGGGGGCCUGGACACCCAUCUUUCUAGAAUCUUGUUCCUGCUGCUACUAAUUGUGGCCCCCUCAGCCCAGGGGGUCAUCCAAAACCCUGAAGCCUGUCAAGUGUUCCAGUCAGACAACGGCAGCUCUGUCAACUGCUACCCACCCGCCAAACUCCCCUCAUCCCUCCCGGCCGACACCAUCUACCUUUCCGUAGAGUUCUUGAACCUCACCCAGCUGCCACCCAACACCCUCCAGGGCAUCUCUAACCUCCAGGAACUGCACCUUUCUAGCAACCGGCUGGAGAAGCUCUCGGCGAAGUUUCUGUUGCCUGUGCCUCAGCUAAAAGUGCUCGAUCUAACUCACAACGCUCUGACUCAUCUGUCCCCGGGCCUCUUCCAGGUCUCGGCUGCCCUCCAUACCCUGGUGCUGAAGGAAAACCAGCUGGAAGUCCUGGAGGCCUCAUGGCUGCACGGCCUGAAAGCCUUGGUGCACCUAGACCUGUCUGGGAACCGCCUCCGGACGCUGCCCCCUGGGCUGCUGGCAAACUUCACCGACCUGUGCAUCCUUGACCUUGGCAAUAACCAGUUGGAGAUUUUGCCCCCUGAUCUUCUGAGGGGUCCCCUGAAGUUGGAACGGCUACACUUGGAGGGCAACAGGUUGCAGGCACUCGAAGAGGGCCUACUGGCACCCCAGCCAAACCUGCACUACCUUUUCCUGCAAGACAACCAGCUGGCCACAGUGGCAGCCGGCGCCUUCCAAGGUCUGAAGCAGCUGGACAUGCUGGAUCUCUCCAACAAUUUACUGACCAGCGUGCCCAAAGGGCUCUGGACAUACCUGGGGCAGCCUGGGGCAGCCCAGAACAUGAAGGACGGCUUCGACAUCUCUGGUAACCCCUGGACCUGCAAUCAGAACCUGGAUGACCUCUAUCAGUGGCUUGUGGCCAAUAGAGACAAGAUGUUCUCCCCGAAUGACACACGCUGCGCUGAGCCUAAAGCCAUGAAGGGACAGACACUCCUGGCUGUGGCCAUGUCCCAUUUGAAGCCUAAGGUUGGGGUGGAGACAGGGGUGACUGCUCCGAAGAACACUGUACCCCACUAGGCAAUGAAUUCCCCCUUUUAAGGAUAAGGAAGAUUUUCCCUAGUUGCCAGACCCGCUUUGCCCAAGCUUCCGAAAACACCGUUAGGUUCUCCGGCCUCCUUGCCUUUGCUUAAGCAGUACCCUCUUCCAGGAAUGCCUUCCCCAUUUCCCAGGUCUCGGUCUUCCAGCUCCCUCAGUUCUCUCACCCACCCUCUGGCCAGGCCCUGGCCACACAGCGGCUGUCUCUCUCUGGUUAUGUCUCCCCCAGUUUGGGGGGCUCUCUGAGUGCAAGGCCUGUGACUGAUCACUCCGUUAGGGGCAGGCCCAAGGGGUUUAAUAAAUAAUUGGCAAACGGAAUUGAA